AAGCAUACCUCUGCAAGCAUCUAGCUAUAAAAGUUGUCCUUGUUUUACACAUGUAUUGUGGGAUGAUGGCAGCUCAUAUGGGUUGGGGUGUAGUAGAAGAAGUGGGUUGGAGAAAGGGUCCCUGGACUUCUGAGGAAGAUAGAUUGCUUAUUGAGUAUGUAAGGCUUCAUGGUGAAGGAAGAUGGAGCUCUGUGGCUAGGCUUGCAGGACUGAAAAGGAAUGGAAAGAGCUGCAGGCUGAGGUGGGUGAACUACUUAAGGCCAGACCUUAAGAGGGGGCAGAUAACUCCUCAUGAAGAGAGCAUAAUUCUAGAGCUACAUGCUAGGUGGGGGAACAGGUGGUCAACAAUUGCAAGAAGCUUGCCUGGGAGGACCGAUAAUGAGAUCAAGAACUACUGGAGGACUCAUUUCAAGAAAAAGACCAAAGUGCCUUCUGAUGCCUCUGAGAAGGCCAAAACUCGCCUCUUACGGCGACAACAGUUUCACCAUCAACAGCAGCAGCAGCAGAAACAAGAAUUGCAGCUGAUCAAUCAAGCAGAGAUGAAAAGAAUCAUGGCUCUGCUGGAUGAAAACGACCCCAAAAUAUCGUCGUGGCCGCCUCAAGCAGGCCAAGGUAAGCAAGACAUGGUCACUAGUACUACAACAUACACUAAUCACACAAGCUCUGAGGAGCAAGGCUUCUUCUAUUCCAUGCUCCAUGGUAAUGUGCCAGCUGAUGCUGCUGAAGCUUCUUCCAGUGAGGACACUUUUCUGUGGGAUGGGCUGUGGGACUUGGAUGAUGUCCAUGGCAGUUUCAUCACUUCAGUUUGUGCAACAGGCAAAGCUAGUACUUUCCACAACUUUGUGGUUCCCUUCUCUUGACUUUGAGCAGCAAGUAAUCAUUCUCUUUUCUUCAGUGUAUUUCUAAUUAAUUACUAGUGUAGCCAAAACCAUCCAAGAAUAGCUCCCAAAACUCUGGAGAGCUAUGGAUUGAUGCAUGCGGUUGUCUUGGGUUGUAAAUGAAGCGAUCCAGGCCAGCUGUUUACUUUUUUUUUUCUGCCAUCAGAACUUGGAAUAAAUCUUCCAAUAUUGAAUGCAAAGAAGAUUGCAAUUAACUGGG